GAUACCUGGUCAUGUCCAUCAAUUUGGUGCAGGCAGAAGCUCUCAUGAGAGCAAAUGUGCAAGCAGCCACGGUUCAGCUGUUUUUCUGGAAUGGUCACUUUGACUUGCUACUUGGCUGGCUGAUCUAAGACGCUCUGCGGAUUCUCUGAGGACUUAUGAGCUAAUAAUGCUUAGGGAUUUCGUGUCCUGAAGAACUCUUUAAUCCCAUGCUUCCUGAAUCCCACUCUAAGCCAGGACCUUCUGUCAUAUCCCAAGAGUUAAAAGUCGUUUGAAAGCUCUGCUAAACAACCUUUCUGCUCAGCCUUUGGGGGUCCUGUGAGGUGCCCUUAAGGCUUUCUCGGUAUCUUUGACCAGGAGGUACCUCUUUGUUGGCACUCUGCCUCUGGUGGUGCUCUGAGGGUCUUCCAUUCUGGACAAGAGCAGCAAAGCAAGCCACGCCAUGGGUGAGAUCAGCCAAGAGACGGUGGAGAAAUACCUGGAGGACAACCCUCAGUUUGCCAAGGCGUAUUUCGACCGGAAACUGCGGGGGGAGGCGGCAGGAGAAAUCUCUGAGCCCGGUGGUGCGCAGGCGCCAGCCCGCGCGUCCUUCCUGGGCCUGACGCUGGUGGAGGAGGCGGCCCUGUGCCUGGAGCUGCUGGAGGCCCUGCGGGAGGAGGCCGGCAGCGUGGAGCUGGCGGCGCACAAGGCCUUGCAGAGGCUGGCGCGGCUGCUGCGGGCGGACCGCUGCAGCAUGUUCCUGUGCCGGGCGCGCAACGGCUCGCCCGAGGUGGCCUCCAAGCUGCUCGACGUCACCUCCACCUCCAAGUUCGAGGACAACCUGGUGGUCCCCGACAGAGAAGUUGUUUUUCCACUGGACGUCGGGAUAGUGGGUUGGGUUGCUCACACGAAGAAAACCUUCAAUGUCCCAGAUGUGAAAAAGAACAGCCAUUUUUCUGACUUCAUGGACAGACAAACCGGGUAUGUCACCAGGAACCUGCUGGCAGCCCCCAUCGUGACAGGCAAGGAGGUUCUUGCUGUGGUUAUGGCAGUUAACAAAGUAGAUGCAUCUGAAUUUUCCAAACGGGAUGAAGAGGUCUUUUCCAAAUACCUCAGCUUUGUUUCUGUCAUCCUAAAGCUUCAUCAUACCAACUACUUGUACAGUAUUGAAUCCCGAAGAAGCCAGAUCCUCAUGUGGUCAGCCAACAAAGUAUUUGAAGAGCUCACAGAUGUUGAGCGACAGUUUCACAAAGCUCUCUACACUGUUAGAACAUACCUGAACUGUGAACGAUACUCCAUUGGACUGCUGGACAUGACCAAGGAGAAGGAAUUCUAUGAUGAGUGGCCUGUCAAGCUUGGAGAAGUCGAGCCUUAUAAAGGUCCAAAGACACCAGAUGGCAGAGAAGUCGUGUUUUAUAAAAUCAUCGAUUACAUUUUACACGGAAAAGAAGAGAUCAGAGUCAUUCCGACGCCUCCUGCGGACCACUGGACUCUCAUUAGUGGGUUGCCAACAUACGUUGCUGAAAAUGGAUUUAUCUGCAACAUGCUGAACGCCCCAGCGGAUGAAUACUUCACAUUUCAGAAAGGACCUGUAGAUGAGACUGGUUGGGUCAUUAAAAAUGUCUUGUCCCUGCCUAUUGUCAACAAGAAAGAAGACAUCGUGGGUGUAGCUACAUUUUACAACAGGAAGGAUGGAAAGCCUUUUGAUGAGUAUGAUGAACACAUCACUGAGACUCUCACACAAUUUCUUGGAUGGUCUCUUUUAAAUACUGACACCUAUGAGAAAAUGAAUAAACUAGUAAACAGAAAGGACAUAGCCCAGGAAAUGCUCAUGAACCACACCAAAGCUACUCCUGAUGAAAUCAAGUCCAUUUUGAAAUUUAAAGAGAAGUUAAAUAUAGAUGUAAUUGAAGACUGUGAAGAAAACCAACUUGUCACAAUUUUGAAAGAGGACCUACCAGACCCACAGGCCGUAGACCUGUAUGAAUUCCGCUUCAGCGACUUCCCCAUCACAGAGCACGAACUGAUUAAGUGUGGACUUCGGCUGUUUCUUGAAAUAAAUGUGGUGGAGAAAUUCAAAGUACCUGUAGAGGUUCUCACCAGAUGGAUGUACACGGUGAGGAAGGGGUACCGUGCCGUCACUUACCACAACUGGCGACACGGGUUCAAUGUGGGGCAGACGAUGUUCACUUUGCUGAUGACAGGAAGACUGAAGAAAUACUACACGGAUCUUGAAGCCUUUGCCAUGCUUGCUGCUGCCUUCUGCCAUGACAUUGACCACAGAGGCACCAAUAACUUGUAUCAGAUGAAAUCCACAUCUCCAUUAGCAAGGCUCCAUGGAUCGUCCAUCUUGGAGAGGCACCACCUGGAGUACAGUAAGACUCUCCUGCAGGAUGAGAGUUUAAACAUCUUCCAGAACCUAAAUAAACGCCAGUUUGAAACAGUUAUUCAUUUGUUUGAAGUUGCAAUAAUAGCAACUGACCUGGCUUUAUAUUUCAAGAAGAGAACCAUGUUUCAAAAAAUUGUUGAUGCCUGUGAAAAAAUGGAAACUGAAGAAGAGGCCAUCAAAUACGUAACCAUUGAUCCAACCAAAAAAGAGAUUAUCAUGGCAAUGAUGAUGACUGCGUGUGACCUGUCAGCUAUAACCAAGCCCUGGGAGGUACAAAGUCAGGUAGCACUUCUGGUUGCAAAUGAAUUUUGGGAACAAGGAGAUCUGGAGAGAACAGUGCUGCAGCAACAACCAAUUCCUAUGAUGGACAGAAACAAAAAGGAUGAACUACCUAAACUUCAAGUUGGAUUUAUUGACUUUGUUUGUACUUUUGUAUAUAAGGAGUUCUCACGGUUUCACAAAGAAAUCAUACCUAUGCUGAAUGGUCUUCAGAAUAACAGAGUGGAAUGGAAAUCCCUAGCUGAUGAGUAUGAUGCAAAGAUGAAGGUAACUGAAGAGAAGAAAAAGCAGGAAGAAGGAAAUAUGACUGAAAAAGCUGCAGAAGAUUCAGGAGGUGGUGGUGAUGACAAAAAGUCCAAAACAUGUCUAAUGCUGUAAUACAGUCCAACUGGUCUAAAUUUCAAAUAUUGUUUCUACAUUUGAAGACAACAAGAAAACAUUCAAAAGAACAUCAGCAAAUUUCAUUCAUCAAACCGUCAAGUAACACAGUAAGAGAAUCUUCAGAAAAGCUACCCUGUGACUAGCAUGAGAAAAUAUACUGCUAGCCUAAAAGCCCUGAGGGUAAAAUAAAGUUCAACAGAAGUGCAAAAUAAGACAAAAAUAAGUGCAUUAUUGGUGCCAAUUUGUUUUAAAUUAAAAAUAAUAUAAUCCUGAAAUUAGUCACCAAUUUUUUUUUUUUAAAGGUUCUUAUUAACUGUAUUCAUUUACUAGGGCUACUUACAGCAAAAUGCCCCAGACUGGGUGGCUUAAACAACAGAAAUUUAUUUUCUCACAAUUCUGGAGACUAGAAGUCCAAGAUUAAGGUGCUGGCAGAGUUGGUUUCUUGUGAUGCCUCUCUCCUUGGCUUGUCAAUGGCCAUCUUCUUUCUCCCUGUGUCUUCAACUGGUCUUCAGUCUUCCCUCUUGUGGGUCUGUGUCCUCAUUCUUCUUAUAAGGACACCACUCAUAUAGGAUUAGGACCCACUCAUAUGACCUCAUUUUACCUUAACUACCUCUUUAAAUGUGCUAUCUACAAAUACAGCUGCAUUCUAAGGUACCGUGGUCAGGAUUUCAACAUAGGAAUUUCAGAUGGGACACAAUUCAACCCAUAACAUUAAUAAUAAUGAUUCACACCUCACAUCCCUUCCUGAAUCAAAAGUCUCUCGUCAACAUGUCUUAAUAUAAGAGUAAAUAGAGUAUAGAAUGUGUAACGUAUGUAAGUACUAUAUAAGAAACAAAGAAAAAGGAUGUUAAAUGUUAUUCCAUCUGAAAUGCUUCUUUCCUCCACUUUUUACCCUUGAUAAUAGUGAAGACCACACCACUUGUAGCAGCUUAAAAGUACAUCGUCAUCCUACACCCAUCCUUUCCCCCAAGUCUGAAAUCAAUUAUUUUAUGUGUAACUAAGAAUACAUUCUUACAUUCAGAACUAUUCUUCUCACUGAAAGAAUUAUCAAUUUAUAAGACAUUACCUGGAUAAUCCUAAUGCAAGUUAAAUCAGCUAAUAAAUAUUACUCAUUAUUAAGAAGCAUGUGAUUUGAUUAUGCAAAAACUUUACUAUCAAAAACAGUUCAGGAGGACUUUUAACACAGAUUACUUUUAAAAAUGAUUACUAGGGGGCUU